GAAGUGUGAACGAGAGGGAAAGUGCCGUGGGUUUACGCUUCGUUACUUCACCACAGGAGGAAACACCGAAAACACGCUGACGAUUAACUGGAAUCCACUUUGCCUACACUUCUUUCCAUUGGGGCUUGAAUUUACCAAAGAUGGAUGUGCUCGUAUCAACGUUCUUCCGGACGAGUUACGUGUAUGUUAGAGACGAACAUGUUGACAGCACGGUCUCUAGUCUCGAGGUAGUCUCUGGAGUCACGAAAGUCAGGCGGAUAGGUUGGAAGACGGGACGAAGCUCGUACAGCUCCAGGGAAUAUCCCAAAGUUUCUCAGGAAGAUUCGAAACGCUGCACGAUGGCUUACCUAGAAGCUGAAUCGAAUAUCGAGCAACAAAGAUUUUCGACUUUCCGAAUUUUCAUCAAGAAUCGCCGGACUCAUGCUUUGAAUCUUUUACCUUCAGAGCCAGAAAGUCUUCUUUACGGAUCUAUAAGUUAUCAAAUGUCCUCUUUCGAAGAUCAUAGUUUAGAGGAAGAUUAUUGGCAAUCCCUAAUUGUAAUGGCGGACUGUGAAACAAAACGUCAUACUGUAUGUCCGUGGUUCCCAACGUGGGGCCCACAGGAGAAACAAUUUGAGUUUCUAAAGGGAUAA